AUGCAGCCAGUGAACCCUGCCUCUGCCUCCGGCCUCCAUCCUCACAAUGGCGGUGAGACUUUCACACCCGAUGAGCCCCUGUACACCGUCUACUCAGUUGAUGGCAAUGGAUGCAAGCAUCAAGAUGGCGGUAAAGAUCCGUCUCCGUGUCCCUCGCGACCCCAGACUCCUCUCACAUCUGCUCCGCUCACCAUUCACUCGGCAGCACAGCGAGGCGACGUCGCAACGGUCCUCGAUCUCCUCGAUACUGCUGCUACUGCCUCCCCUCGCGAUCGCGAUGAAGACGAUGUGACCCCGUUGCAUUGGGCAGCUAUCAAUGCCCAUACAUCAAUAUGCGCUCUACUCCUGGAAAGAGGAGCAGAGGUAGACGCUCGGGGCGGGGACCUCAAUGCAACGCCCCUGCAGUGGGCAGCUCGAAAUGGCCACCUGGCAGUGAUGCAUCUCCUUCUGCAACGAGGCGCAGACCCGACGCUUUGUGACUCACAGGGCUUCAAUACACUCCACCUCACCGUACACUCUAGCGCCGUCAUGCCCUUGUUGCUCGUCCUGAGCCAGCCAGCCUUCUGUACGGGCAGCCAACGGCAACUCAACAGUUCCGACGCUCAGGGCCACACGCCACUGAUGUGGGCAGCAUAUCAGGGUGAUGCCAUUUCUCUCUCACUCCUACUUGCCUAUGGGUCUGACAUCCAUGCAGCAGACGAGGCAGGCUUGAGUCCUUUGCACUGGGCAGUGGUCAAAGGCAACAGACUCUGCAUUCGCAAAUUGCUGGAAGCAGGAGCUGACUGCGAAGCGAAAGAGGCUAAUGGCAAGACGCCGAGAGACAUGAGCAUAGAAUUGAAAAGCCAUCCCAGCUAUGCGAAAGCUUGUAUGGACUGCGGCCUUGAAGAGGAUGGCCGGAAAAAGAAGAGUCCACUGAGCGAGCGAAAUAGCGACAAAGCGAUACUCGUUCUGCCUCUUCCUACCCUCUACAUCACCUUCACAAUAUACGGCCUCUUUCCAUGGUACUCUGCCGUGCCACUGUCGCUAGCAGCAUUUGCGGCGAUGCAUCAUGUGAUAGCCAAAAUCAUUCUGGACCCGCUGCAGGCCGAUGCAGUCAAAUCGAGUAAGUAUGCCCUGGGCGUCGUGGCUAGCAGCGUGUUAUUAGUUGGGUACAAUUGGGCAAGAUGCCUGAUCUCUUACACUCCUGGUCAUGGGCUUGCAAACCUCAUCUUUUUCAUCUCCUGGGCCAUAUGUCUCUCUACACUCUACCUCUCCGCCACACUCUCUCCUGGCUACUCAGUCUUACCCAAAUCAGAGACAGCUCGCCGGUCUCUCAUUCAUCAAUUAGCAGAUGAAGGCAGGUUGAACGGCAUCAACUUCUCCAAUUGCGUCGGAGUCAGAAACCACGGCUACUUCCUGCUUUUCCUCGCAAGUCUUACCUCGGGCAUCAUCAGCUUCGACCUCUUGACAUACCAUUACUUUGAUCUCAAUGCCCCGGUCCUGAUGCCCCCGGCACUGGAGCCCCUCUUUCCUACCCCUAUCUCCGCUGCGACGGCUUACGACUCCUUCACCCUCAGCAACUCUCUCUGGGCUUCCCUUCAGCUGACAUGGGUGAGCAUCCUGUUGAUCGCUCACAUCUGGCAGGUGACUAGGCAAAUGACAACUCUAGAGGUCAGCAACUUGGGCAGAUACGGCUUCAUGGGGGGCCGAGGCGGGAGCAGUAUGGCCAGUCAAGAGAACUUUAUGAGACAAAGAGAGGCGAUAAUGUCUGGCGAGACCAGCGCGGGAGCAGGCGAAGCGGACGCAUUAGCCAAUGGCUCAAUACCUCGAGGCGAGGGAAUUGUCGGGGCAGGCGAGGAAGGGCCGAAGAGCGAGGUGGGUUCUCAUCAUGGCCAUCCGCAUGGAUCUCCAGUGGUUGCGGCAAAGAAGGCAGGCAAUUGGCUUCUGAGCAUCGUCGGGCUAGAUCUCUACACAAAGGGCAAGGCUGGGGAGGGAUUGCGUAGGGCAAACAAGGCAGGCAAUCCCUUUGAUUUGGGUGUCCGGACCAAUUGCUUAGACUUCUGGUCGCGUGGUCGCGAGCUCGGGAUCACCUACGAAUCCUUGUAUGACAUUCCCGAAGAGGGCUUUGCAGUCAGACAUCGACAGAUCGUACGGCAAAGGCGUAGAAAGCGACAAGACCGCUUCGGCCCCCUUUCGAGCCUGCUGUUGAGCAACGAAGAAGACCAAGAUUUCCUGGCGGACGAUGUGGAGGACGUUGAGAUGGGAGGAGGAGGAGGGCUGACUAGGGUUCAUGACAAUACUGGAGCCUCUGGCUCUGGGAACGAAGAGGUGUUGGAGGCAGAGGUCGAAGAAGAGCGUGGGCAGAGGAGCAGCUUGCACUUGAAGGGUGCGUGGGAGGUGCGGGCUGCCGAGGGCGCGGGCCACCCGCUGGAGGAGCGCGGCGCCUUGCACGCUCAUAGCGCCAGUAGCCACUCGGACAAGGCGUCGCAUCAGGACUGA